GACCCUUGGUACCAUGCGGACGCAUCCGAUGCACUGCAUAGCGUAGUCGUAGUGAAAAUAAAACUUUGAAACUAUAUACCUCAUUAAUAAUCAAAAGAACUGUCAUUAAGUUUUCAUCCUUUAAUAGUUUAAACAAGUUUCACGAAGUUUUUUAUACUUUUGUCAGGUGGAAAUUCGACUCUAGUGUAUUAAGUAAUGUAAGCAAAUAUAUUAUGGUAACAGUUUAAAAAGUCAGUCAUGCACUUACGUUUGUUCGAAUUCGGUUGAAUUAAGUGAAAAAAAAAACCGCCAAAAUGAUGUCCCAACAUCUAUCGAGCAUGUUCGAGCAGCUCGGUAACUUUACGAAGAACAAUUUAACCCAUAACAGCAAGCUGAUGAAAGAAAAGGACAACAAAUCAAGCGGUAAUCACGUGGUGCCCGGUGGAGACGGCGGAGGGAACCAGCAGCCGUCUCCCUCGCACAAACAUGGGCCUGCGCAGCCUCUACCACCGUUGAAGAAACCGUGCAAGCUUAGAAAUGUCUCAUCAAAAGCUGAAUCGUACGACACUCUCUACGGAAAUAGUAUUUUGCCAACGCUAUGCAACGAGAAGGCAUGUCUGGGCAGCUUGAUGGCGAUACCUGGACGCGGGGACGUGCCGAGAAGUUCGGAAGAAGUUCUAAGUGAUGCCAAGGAUUUUCUCGGUCAAUACUUUGCGUCUAUACGAAGGGCUAAUACCGUAGCUCACGAGGCUCGCUGGAAGACCGUGCAAGAAGAGGUAGCCAAGACAGGAACCUACCAGCUAACAACAACGGAGUUAGUAUUCGGAGCUAAAUUGGCUUGGAGAAACGCUAGCCGGUGUAUUGGCCGAAUACAAUGGUCGAAAUUACAAGUUUUCGAUUGCCGUCAAGUGACAACUACCAGUGGCAUGUUUGAAGCUCUUUGCAAUCAUAUAAAGUACAGCACCAAUAAAGGAAACAUCAGGUCGGCGAUUACCGUCUUUCCUCAGCGUACGGAUGGAAAACAUGACUAUAGGAUAUGGAACAGCCAACUGAUUAGCUACGCUGGAUAUAAACAGCCCGAUGGAACUGUUUUGGGUGAUCCAAUGCACUGCGAGUUUACUGAGCUUUGCCUAAAAUUGGGAUGGAAACCUCCACACACUGCAUGGGACAUACUUCCUCUUGUUCUGUCAGCUAAUGGAAAAGAUCCUGACUACUUCGAAAUUCCAAGAGAACUCGUCAUGGAGAUUCAUAUGACGCACCCCACGCAAGAGUGGUUUGAAGAGCUCCAACUCCGCUGGUACGCCUUACCCGCUGUGUCGAGUAUGCGCUUUGACUGUGGAGGCAUCGAGUUCACUGCAAAUGCUUUCAAUGGCUGGUACAUGAGCACCGAAAUCGGAUGUCGAAAUUUUUGCGACACUAACCGAUUGAACAUGUUGGAGAAAGUAGCCCAGAAGAUGGGUUUGGACACCAGAACUCCAGUUACCCUAUGGAAGGACAAAGCGUUGGUGGAAGUAAACGUGGCUGUUCUUCAUAGCUUCCAGCAGCAUAAUGCGACCAUUGUGGACCAUCACACCGCUUCUGAAAGUUUUAUCAAGCACUUGGACAAUGAAAACAGACUUCGUUCCGGCUGCCCAGCGGACUGGAUAUGGAUCGUGCCGCCGAUGUCCUCAUCCAUCACUCCGGUAUUUCAUCAAGAGAUGGCGCUCUACUACCUACGACCAGCUUAUGAAUAUCAGGAGCCAGCGUGGAAGACUCAUCAAUGGCAGAAGUCAAAGCCGAUCACAGGCAAGAGGCCCAUAAAUAGAAAGUUUCACUUCAAACAGAUUGCGCGCGCAGUGAAAUUCACAUCCAAACUCUUUGGUCGAGCGCUCUCUAAGAGGAUUAAGGCAACCGUUCUGUAUGCUACCGAGACUGGAAAGUCUGAGCAGUAUGCAAAGGAAUUAGGGGUCAUAUUUGGACAUGCUUUCAACGCCCAGGUCCAUUGCAUGAUUGAUUACGACAUCACCUCUAUUGAGCAUGAAGCGCUUUUACUGGUAGUGACGUCAACUUUCGGGAACGGUGAUCCACCAGAAAAUGGCGUUGCUUUUGGAGAACAUCUUUGUGAGCUGAUUUAUGCUGAUCAAGUCGGUGAAGAAAGCACAGGAGCCUCUCAAAUGCUGACGCCAAAAUCGUUUAUCAAAGCAAAUAGUCAAAUCGAACUUCAAAGAUAUGCCGCUAGUAAUCCAAAGCAGCUCAGUCGGCUCGAGUCUCUGAAAGGAAGCGCUACUGACGCGACAUCAAUAGACAGCUUCGGCCCGUUGAGCAACGUCCGUUUUGCGGUAUUUGCUCUCGGCUCCAGUGCCUACCCGAACUUCUGUAACUUCGGGAAAUAUAUCGACCGCCUGCUUGGUGAUCUGGGCGGGGAAAGGAUCCACGAUGUCGCCACCGGAGAUGAGAUGUGUGGUCAAGACCAAGCUUUUCGAAAAUGGGCAUCUAGCGUCUUCAACGUUGCAUGCGAAACGUUCUGUUUGGAUGACGAUGAAACGUUACAAGAAGCUAAACGAGCUCUAGGAACAGUAGCUCUGAGUGAGGAAACAGUACGAUUUGCUCUUCCUACCUGUAAGCCACCAGUUCUUCUGAACGCCUUACAAACUGCGGUUAACAGACAGCUAGUGACAUGCGUUGUCAAAGCAAACAAAGACUUGGGAGAUCUGAGUGCCGAACGAUCUACCAUAUUUAUUGAUAUGGAACCUCAGGGUGAAAUUAAUUACGAUCCCGGUGACCAUGUUGGUAUAAUGGCUUGUAAUCGUAAAGAAUUAGUUGAUGGCUUGUUAGCUCGUUUGAAGGACAUUGAUAAUUAUGAUGAGCCGUUGCAAUUGCAACUUAUGAAAGAGACUCAUACAUCAAGCGGUCCAGUAAAAUCUUGGGAGCCUCAUGAAAAACUACCAGUUGUGAGUGUACGUGACUUGUUCACAAGAUUUUUGGAUAUAACAACUCCACCAACGACUAUUCUUUUGCAAUAUUUGGCUACAACCUGUGACAAUGAAGAUGAAAAGAAAUAUCUUAAUAUACUUGCCACGGAUCCAGCAGCAUAUGAAGAUUGGCGUCAUUAUAACUUUCCAACUUUACCCGAAGUUUUGGAUCAGUUUAAGUCAGCAAAACCAAGCGCAUCUUUGCUUGCCGCAAUUCUUUCGCCCUUGCAACCCAGAUUUUAUUCGAUCUCAUCAUCACCGAUCGCUCAUCCGAAACGAUUACAUCUCACUGUUGCAGUCGUUACAUACAGAACCCAAGAUGGUGAAGGUCCUGUCCACUAUGGUGUUUGCUCAAAUUAUCUUAUGGAUCGUAAACCUGGGGAUGAAGUUUAUCUAUUCAUUCGAAGUGCUCCAAAUUUCCACCUGCCACAUGACUUGUCCGUGCCUCUUAUUUUGAUAGGCCCUGGAACAGGUAUUGCGCCUUUUAGAGGAUUCUGGCAUCACCGUAAGGCUUUACAAAACACACGUUCACAGUCUAACAUCGGUCCCGUUUGGUUAUUCUUCGGUUGUCGAACUCAAACAAUGGAUUUGUACCGAGAAGAGAAAGAACAGGCUCUUAACGAGGGCGUACUCUCGAAAGUGUUUCUGGCUCUAUCAAGAGAGAAAAAUAUUCCGAAGAUGUACGUUCAAGAGGUAGCUGAGCAAGAAGGAGCUGAAAUUCAUGAUUUAUUGAUCAAUAGAGGUGCACACUUUUAUGUAUGCGGUGAUUGCAAAAUGGCUGAAGACGUACACCAAAAAUUAAAAGGAAUUAUAAAGAAGCAUGGAAAUAUGACUGAUGAGGAAGUGCAAAACUUUAUGUUCCUAUUGAAGGAGGAAAAUCGUUACCAUGAAGAUAUAUUCGGUAUUACACUUCGCACGGCUGAAGUCCACAACGCUUCCCGCGAAUCCGCUCGUCGGAACCGAGUGGCCGCGCAGCCAUGACGUCGGUCUUCUCGCUUCCAUACCCACAACCAUUUAUCAAAGAAGCUUAAUCUUACCAAUAAAUAAAUAGUCUACAUUAUA